UGGAUAUUGUUAUCACAAAGUUAUACAUGUAUAUGUAUAUUUCCUCGUUCCUUUGCCCUUAAGCAUGUAUUUCAUACUUUUAUUUUCCAAUAGCUUCUGUCAUAUGGCUUCGAGACAGAAUUUGAAUGAUUUCAGAAAUUAUUUCGAAGAUGCACAAGGCGCCCUGAUAAUUAACAGACAAUUCGGUGAUCUUGAAUACAGAUUUGCUGACGCCAUGAUUUAUUAUAAUAAAGUCUAUCAUGGGGCUAAUGGAUCCUUUGUGAUGACAACCUUUGUGUUGCGAUAUCCAAAGAUAUUUUCCACAACCACUACCAUGAGAAUGGGCGGUUUUUCUUUGAUGACGGUCUGCGCGAUAUUUGCCCCUGGGCUAUUGCAGCACUGAAGGCAACGUUCUUCGUAUCUAAUCGCUGAUUAUCUCAAGAUUAUAAUCGAAACCGUACCUCAGUGUCUGCAAGAUUAUCGAAUCCUGGAGAUGAAACUCGACGACACAGGAGGGAUUUCUCGGUGAGAUCGUUGCGAAGAUCGUGCGAAUAAUUCGUGGCGCUGGACACCGUGGCCAGGCUGAGGCGCACACCGUGUUACCCUUUUUUUCGAUGGGCGCCGGGGGAAUAAGAAGAACGAGCAAUUUCGCCACGGCCGCCGCCUACGUCGGUGCUCGAAACGAGCGGGACAGCGAAGUCAGUUUGGUUCUUGUCACAUUCUUGUCAAGCGGGACAGCGUGCCACGUCAAUCUCCAGCUCGCUACGCUCCACCACGUUGUCCGCCUUCUUCGUCUUCGUGCGGCUGCACAGCACGAGAGAAAGAGAGGCUGAAGCCACGAAGCCUCUCUCGGACGGAUGGAUGGACGGACAGUCGGACAAGCGCUCGAUGCGUCAAAGAAAAAUAUAACCGGCGUCCCUGACGCAGCCAAACUGCCUCAUUAGCCCGGUUUACCCGCGAAAGCGUACCGUUCUGAGACGCCCGGUCGGACACUCGACUCUCCUCGAUUCUUCUCUUUUCAUUGGUUCUCAAUCGUUUGCUUUCGCGUAAUCAACAGAGAUGAAGACGAGUCGAGUUGUUGAGAGAUAGAUUAGUGUUCUUGAGGAGCAAGUAUAACGAGGAUAAAGGAAAUGUUUUUAAAAGAUAUUGCUUCUGGAGGAUGAUUGAAGGCUGAAGAAUUUCCAGUUGGAAAGUUUCCUGACAGCUAUUGUCGGAAACGUUCUUUCCAUUAUGUGCAUCUUCGAUAAAUUUAAUUAAGUAAUGUAACAAUUUAAAUAAGUAAUAUCGACAGAUAUUCGAAAGUAUCCUAUCAAUUAGGCAAGAGUCGCCAGGAUAAAAUGGGAGUUAUAUCUUUCUAAAAGUGACGACCACAUCGUUCUACAUAUAAAUAACAACACGGUAUUUUCGAUAUUAUUCUUCGACGAUUAUUCGUCACGUGGUAUCAAAAAAAUUAAUCGUUGGUAUAAAUAUCAUCGACAGAAGUAUCUAUCAAAGUAGAGACAUCGAGGCAGCACGCGAAACGACCGACAAUUAUCGAGGCAUCGUUCGCUCGAUGAAGUGGAGCGCGAGAUGGUGGAAGUUCGGCCGCCAGCUCGUCGCUUUGGACAACCUUCAUCGACGAGUCGGGCGUGUAAGGAGCGGAGGGGAAGAGGCCGCCGAAAAAUACGGCGGCGAAUGGGCCCAAUUCAUCGCGGCCACCGCGGCCAUCGAUCAAUCCGUAGCAACGGGGGAAAAGGGGCAAAGGGAGAGGCGACUGGAAGAAGGAAGCGACACGAUGCGGCGAAGGUAGCCGCUCGAUGUUGCAUACGGAGGGACAUUAAUUGACACGAGGUGGAGGCGGGGUAGGGAAGAGCGAAGGAACAGGGUCCCGAAUGCUAGCGAAACGAGGGGACCCCGUUCUCUUCAUCGACGUGUGGUAAGAGAAAGGAUACGCUGGAAGGGGACGAAAACAACGGGUGGUGGCUGUCCAGGAGGCAGCGAUGCAACACAGCAACAACGCCAGGAGCAACAGCAACAACGAAGAAGAGGAUGAGCACGUAGGCGGAGCUCGUGCUUUGUUUCGCCGCUUAGGUUCGCAUUGGUCGCGUUCGAAACGAACUUCCGAAGCAAAGAUCGUCUUCCGUCAGGCACGUGAUCGUCGAUUGUUUUCCUCGUCGAUUCAGCUACUGCUGGUGGUUCGUUCAUGCGAAUUCCAUGC